AUGGCUGAAACCAAGAACCAACAAGGCUUUGUUUUUGCUGGCAAGAAAAGAUCAUCAACAGGGCAAGAUGGUGAUGAUGAUUGUAUUGUUGCCAAUAAGAAAGCAACGUUAUCUACAGGCAUGCCUUCCACGCAGGAGGAUCCAGCCGCAGCAUUAGCUACCUCAAGGCAUGAAUUUGGUGAACAUGGUGGUGUUAACAUGUCCACUGAGGCCUCUGCCACCUUCACUGUCAUGGAGCCCGAAACCAUGCGCCGUAUGUUUUCCAGCGAGCUUGGUCCUGACCGUGACUUCUUCAUAUACAGCCGACACUUUAAUCCCACCGUUUUAAAUCUUGGCCGUCAGAUGGCUGCUCUUGAAGGCACUGAGGCUGCCUAUUGUACAUGGAGGACGCAUGGUGGCAUCAAGGACUCUCUAUGGAGGGAUCCAUGCAUUACUCACCCAUUCUUACCAAGGGCGUGUAACGUAACGACAACAUUUGUGGACAUCAAUGAUUACGAGAUGGUGAAAAAUGCAAUAGUUGAAGAACAGACGAAAGUUUUGUGUUUUGAGUCCAUGUCUAACCCAACUUUGAUGGUUGCUAACAUCCCUGAACUGAAUAGAAUAGCCCAUGAUAAAGGGGUCGCGGUUGUUGUGGACAACACUUUUGCUCCAAUGGUUCUGUCCCCAGCUAGACUUGGAGGUGAUGUGGUUGUGCAUAGCAUCUCCAGGUUUAUUAGCGGCGGAGCUGAUAUCAUUGCAGGUACUUUGAAAAACUGA